AUGCACUUUUCUUCCUCUUAUAGCCAGCUCCUCCUCACUCUUCCUCCAGACCUCAGGGAUAAUGCGAUAGAGUACCGUCAGCUCAAGAAGCUCAUCAACCAAGUUGUCGCAGAGCUCUCUGGCCUUGGUCUCAGCCCGGAAGUUCUGCAGACUCUCCUUGAAAGUUCCUCCAAGGCGCGCUUCGAAGAGCUCUCCCCUGACGCUGAUCUCGUCUCCUCGUCGACCGACCCCAAUGUCUCAGGACUGCCGGAAUCGAUGUCCGCCGUUGGUGCUAGCAUCGAUGACGCCCACCCCACUAUCGUGUACGAGCUGGUGCCCAGAGAUACCUACAUCGAACCUAGGCUCCGCUUCUCAGUACAGUCGGUCAAUGGCACCGAGUUACCCGAUUCAUUGCUGUCAAGCAUAGCCAACGGUACACACGGUCAUAGCCAGCCGCCGACAAGCAUUCUCGAGGCCGUACAGGCCCAUGCUAAUACGCUCGAGAGUUCAAUUACCCGGGACGAUGCGGAUCCGGAUACUGUCAGCCAGACGCCCAGUGCGGACACCGACAGCUUCGACAGCAACCUCAGUCCCGGCGAGGUCGUCAUCCCCCUCCGCUCCGACGCUGCCUUCUUUCGCUUGCUCAGCAGUGCGCUCACCUCGCUCUCGACACACCUUGCGACCGUGCACGACGAUUUCAUCGGCGCCCUGCGCGACCUCUCACUCUCACUAUCCUCCUCCGCUCGGCCCGCAUCAGCGUCCGCUUCUCCAUUCCAUUCGUUCACUUCCUACUCGCCCGUCUCGACUGACGCGGGGACGCUUCGCGUCUCGGGAAACGGCCGGGGAAAGUCAGACCUGUAUGCGUGGAGGGAGGUCUUGCAGAUGUACGUCGACGCCGAGGUGUUUGAAGGUGUGUCGGAGAGUAGGCGCGGCGAACGAAGCAUCGAGGAGGUUGAGCGGCGGUGGAACAGGUUCACGAGCCAACUGGAGGAGGGUGGGUUCGUCGCGAAACAAGAGGAAGGUAAGGGGCACGGACGGGGAGGGAGGAUGAAGUUGGCGAGCAGCGCUGAGACGAUGGAAGCGUUUUUGAGGAUGAACGUGUUUAUAUUGGAUUUGAAAAAGUUCCAAUACGCUACAUCCGAGGCGACCCGCAAGAUACUCAAAAAACACACCAAACGUACAGCACUCCCCCUUCCACCAUACCUUCUCUCGUCUCUUUCACCCUCUUCACCUUCUUCCCAUAAUUCUUCGUCUCCGGACUCACUCGCACUCAUGCCCGCGCCCCCUACUUCCCUCCCACGCCUGCUCGUUCAGGCUCUGAGCGAGACCGUUCUCCCGAUUGUGCCCCACCUGGAUGACUAUGCCUGUCUGAUUUGCACGAGCCUCGCGUUCAAGCCGAUCCGCCUGCGGUGUGGCCAUCUGUUUUGCGUGCGGUGCCUCGUCAAGCUCCAGAAGCGCGGGAGGGCAGACUGCCCGAUGUGCAGGUCGCCGACGGUGCUGGCUGCCAAUCGACAAAAUGUGGACUGGGCGCUGCUCAACUUUAUGCAGGACUGGUUCCCCGUGGAGGCCAAGGCGAAGCUGAAGCAGAACGAGCGCGAGGCGGCCGAGGAAGAGCUGCAGGAGCUUGGCAUCAGGGCGGAAGGGUGCGUGGUCGUGUAGACCAUCCCUUCUCCUUUCCCCGCUUCUCCUUCUUUCUCCUUCUCCCCCCUCCAGGGUCAUGUCGUAUUUUUUAGAGUUUUUAUUAGGACUUCAGUUUACAAGAGCACCUCGUAUGGUGAUAUGUUCAGCCGACGGCACGUUAGUCAGAUUAUUGGUCAGAUUGAUUGUGGUUAUUGUCCCAUCCCACCUCACCUCAUUUCAUUCACUUGCU